UGCUCUCUCUCUCUCUCGCUCUCCCCCCUUUCCCGUCUCUGUGGUUUGUAAGGUAGGUUGCAGUGUGUGUAUAUACACAACAUCAAGAGCAGGAAAAUGGACUCAUUAGAGAGGCAGGCAGUCAUUACCAUUCACACUGCACUUCCAAGGAGACAGCGACUAUGAGGAGACAAACUGAGGACUGGGGAGCAAGCAGCAGAGAAAAGAAGUGUUAGGAGCUGCUUUUAACCCCUUUGGACUUCGACAACAAGAGGGCACUAGAGAACUUAACAACUCCGCUGUUUCCAGUUUGUACCCUGACAACAGUUCCUCCCUGUUUUUACAAGUAGAGUUCAACUUUUCAUCCCAUCCUAUUGCUUCUCAUGGUGCUUCAUGAGUGCCUGAAGUUACAUUUUAGAUGCUGAAAUCACUGCACCUUAAAAACAAAACAAAAGAUAGAGCUGCACUGCAUUCCUCUUCCCUUGUGUAUGACCUAGUCCAAAAUGGCGGCACUUAGGAACUUCAAGUGAUUAAAAGAAAGGAUACAGCAAAGACAAGCAAUCAGCUCUACUUUGCUGAAAGUCCAUGCUUGACCAAAUCUGUGAAAGAUCCAACAAGAAGGCUUCCCAAAUCUGGCUACUUGGGCUGUUGUUCUAAUUACAAAUUCUUGCUGCUUCUUCAAAUCACAGGCACAACUUCUCUCCAUUCUCUGCCCCAAUGAAUGUCUGCACUAAAUCCAAAGCUUGGAGUGAUUUACCUGAAGAGUGAUAUCAUUCAGAAACUACUGAAGAAACCCAAGACAGCUGAAAAACAGAAGGUGUCUGAGGAGAAUGAGAUUACGCAGACGGGUGCAUGCAGCGCCAAGUCAGGCCUUCCCUGCCUGAACUUUGAAACCAUCCCAUCUCUGAGCCCAGCUCUCAUACAUUCAUCACAUUCACCAGCAAACCUGCACACACACACAGGGUCACCUGAUUGUAACAUUAGUUGCAAGGGGAUGACAGAGCGCAUUCACAGCAUCAAUCUCCACAACUUCAGCAAUUCUGUGCUCGAGACCCUCAACGAGCAACGCAACCGUGGCCACUUCUGUGAUGUGACGGUCCGCAUCCACGGGAGCAUGCUGCGUGCCCACCGUUGUGUGCUGGCGGCUGGCAGCCCCUUCUUCCAGGACAAGCUGUUACUAGGCUACAGCGACAUUGAAAUUCCCUCUGUGGUGUCGGUCCAGUCAGUGCAAAAGCUCAUUGAUUUCAUGUACAGCGGGGUGCUGCGGGUCUCACAGUCGGAGGCUUUGCAGAUCCUAACAGCAGCCAGCAUCCUGCAGAUCAAAACUGUGAUUGAUGAGUGCACACGGAUUGUGUCACAGAAUGUGGGAGACAUCUAUCCAAUCAUCCAGGAUUCUGCCCAGGAGACCCCUCGCGGAACUCCUGAAUCAGCCACUUCAGGGCAGAGCAGCGACACAGAAUCUGGCUACCUGCAAAGCCACUCACAGCACAGUGUAGACAGAAUCUACUCAGCUCUGUAUGCCUGUUCUAUGCAGAAUGGCAGCGGAGAGCAUUCAUUCUACAGUGGAGCAGUAGUCAGCCACCAUGAAACAGCUUUGGGACUCUCCAGAGAGCAUCGCAUGGAAGACCCAAGUUGGAUCACGCGAAUCCAUGAGCGCUCGCAGCAAAUGGAGCGGUAUCUAUCUACCACUCCAGAAACCACACACUGCCGGAAGCAACCAAGACCAGUUCGGAUCCAGACCCUUGUGGGUAAUAUUCACAUCAAGCAAGAGAUGGAGGAUGAUUAUGACUACUAUGGACAGCAAAGGGUACAAAUACUAGAGCGCAACGAAUCUGAGGAAUGCACUGAGGAUACUGAUCAAGCAGAAGGCACUGAGAGUGAGCCCAAGGGAGAGAGCUUUGACUCUGGAGUCAGUUCCUCUAUUGGCACUGAACCUGAUUCUGUUGAGCAACAAUUUGUGACUGGUCUAAGCCGAGAAGGUCACCAAGAGACUUCUCAUGCAGAAGAAAACGACACUUCGACUGAAGGCACUCAGCUGCAGCACAUAGAUGCCAACUCAUCCUCUCCAGACAGAGGCAAUGACAUUGAAAGGGACAACGCAGUGAUCACCAUUAGUAACAGUAGUGAAAAGGGGACCUUGCAAACUUCUGUCACUACAACUGUUGCCCAACCAUUGCCAAGUACCCAGCUCUACUUACGCCAGACAGAAACCCUCACCAGCAAUCUGAGGAUGCCGCUGACCCUGACCAGCAACACCCAAGUCAUUGGCACAGCUGGUAAUACCUACCUGCCUGCACUCUUUACUACGCAGUCUGCUGGCAGUGGUCCCAAGCCUUUCCUCUUCAGCCUGCCCCAGCCUUUAGGUCAACAGACACAGUUUGUGACAGUGUCCCAGCCUGGCCUGUCAACUUUCACUGCCCAACUGCCAGCCCCGCAGCCCCUGGCUCCUUCUGCAGGCCACAGCACAGCAGGCGGGCAGGGUGAAAAAAAGCCUUAUGCGUGUACUCUCUGCAACAAGACUUUCACCGCCAAACAGAAUUACGUCAAGCACAUGUUUGUACACACAGGUGAGAAACCCCACCAAUGCAGCAUUUGUUGGCGAUCCUUCUCUUUAAAGGAUUAUCUUAUCAAACACAUGGUGACUCACACUGGUGUCAGAGCUUACCAAUGCAGUAUCUGUAACAAGCGUUUCACCCAGAAGAGCUCCCUAAAUGUGCACAUGCGGCUUCACCGUGGGGAGAAAUCCUAUGAGUGCUACAUCUGCAAGAAAAAAUUCUCACACAAGACUCUGCUUGAAAGACAUGUGGCUCUGCACAGUGCCACCAAUGGAACACCCAGCACAACAGGCACAGGUGCGAGGGCUCUCCCUGCUGGAGUGAUGGCCUGCACAGAGGGAACCACAUAUGUCUGCUCUGUCUGCCCAGCUAAGUUUGACCAAAUUGAGCAUUUUAAUGACCACAUGAGGAUGCAUGUUUCAGAUGGAUAAGUAAAGUUUAUUCUCUGUUUUGAACAACAUCAAAAUCCAACCAGAGAAACAACAGCAAAAAGCUAUGGCACUAGAAUUUCAGAUUUUUUUUUCAUUUUUACUUUUUUUGUUUUGUUUUGUUUUGUUUGUUUUGUUUCAUUUUUUUUGUACUACAUGAAGAACUGUUUUUUGCCUGCUGGUACAUUACAUUUCUGAAGGCUGGGUGAAUAGUAAUUAUCCCAGCCUUCCUUUGAUGGUGGCCUUAAGGCCAGGUAGUACUUCAGGGGAUCCACUGGUUGGAUCUCUAGCUACUGGCCUCUAAAUACAACCCUUCUUUACUACAAAAAAAAAACUUCUAAAAAAUCUUUUUUGUUUGUCACUUAUGAAGAGCACUACAAAAAACCCCCCCACAAAAGCUGAAGUAUAUUAUGAAACCGACAAGGCCUACUGUCGUAAAUACACCGUUUGCAGUGUUUCAGUGGACAGAUGCAUAAUUCUGACCGCUUUGGACUUCACAGUAUCCAGUUAAAACUGUGGAAUAGAACCUAAUGGUUGAGCAACAACCACAGAAAACAGGCCCUUCUGGUUCCACCAUUAGUCUUGCUAUCAUGAAAGGGCUGUGGAGAAGGGCAAGGGAGUUUGGGUUGGAUGGUGUGGAGUCCCUGCAGGAUGGGGAAGGAGAAUCAUAGGUUCCUCUUGUGGAUUCUGUUCCAUUCCACACAUUCAGAUUCAUGGUCCCCAGGCUUCCCCAUCCCACCCCACCCCUGCCCCACCCCCAAACCAACACCAUCUUUCAUCAAAAGCUAGGAACAAGGAGGUAAAAAUGAGGUGAGCAAAAGUGGCUUUUUUGUAAUUUAUUCAGUGUCUUUGCUGAGCCUACGACCUCAGCACAAUCAAGGGGACUUUUGCAGAUAUCAAAGAGAAAUAUCAAAAUGAAAAUAUUUCAAGAGGGUUUUUUUUCACCUAGUCUUCUAGGUACCAGAAAAGGAUAAGCUCCCACAAACUUUGGAGAUUGUAAGUAAGAAUUAAAAAAAAGCUACAUCAAUUUUUAUUCUUGUGGAGGGAAGAGAAGUAAAAGGUGGGUGGGGAAUAAUUAAAAAGAAUUCUCAAGAUUUUUUUUAUUCAAAAUUUUAUAGAGGGACAGAAGUGGUGUUUACCAGAUAAAGUACUGAUUUUUUAAAAAAAAAUAUAUUUACCACAGUAUUUGUGUAAAAAAAAACCAGAAAACAAAGUGUAACCUUGUUAGAGUAAUAUUUGUUUUUAUCUUUUGUUUUGCAUACACUGCCACUAAUACCUGCUCAAUUAUAUAACUGAUAUUAUAUAUAUAAUAUGUGUGUGUGUGCAUAUAUAUGAACACGUUAUAUAUACAUGCACAUAUAUAUUUGAUUUUAGAUACAGACUGUUAAGGUUAGGUAUCAUACUUCCAAACAGCAAGAGGGAGAAGGAGGUGAUCCAGGGGUUUGGUUUCAAAGAAGAGAAAAUAUUUGUCAGCAUCUUUCUGUUAUUGUUUUCCUCUGUGUUUUUAUUUGAGAAUAGCAGCCCAGAAAUAGAGUGAUAUCAUAUGUGAUUUCGUUCACCAUAUUCUGUCAAUGUUCUUGAGUGCCAUUGGAAAAGGAGUUUGGAUGAGGGCAUAUGGUGUUCUUGGUCCUUUCAUGGAAUUUCAAAGUUGAUGAAAGAAGAUUUUUGAUCAGGAGGAGGAUUUUUAACCCUAUUUAUUUGGCUUUUGAGAUAUGAAUUUGAUUUUGUUUGUAAAUUCUGGGAGUCUCUUGGGGAGGGGGGAUUAUUUCUAUUUAAAUGGCCAUCUGCAGAAACAUGGAGAUUCAUCUGCUGUAUUGUUCUUAUAACACCUUAUUAUUCCAUCUACAAUCUUCCAUAGUUGUGUGAGAAAUGCAUCCCAUUUCUCUGGUUUACACAAAUGCCAAAAUUGUUCUCUUUCAAUUUGCAAAGGGAACUAAUAUUCCCUCUUUUUUUCAUCAGCAAAAACAUAAACGCUUAAG